AUGGUGUGCACAACUGACGAACGACGUUACAAUGUCGACUUUUCUGGAAGUGUGGAUUCCUGUGGUGGUUUUGACAACAAUGUCAUACAAUGCGAAACCUUCGAGCUUGCUCCGGUCGACGGAAAGGACGGAGAGUUGGGCUUGCAAGGAGACAUCGAACUUAGCGUUGAAAUCGAGGAUGGAACAAUGGUGAAACUCGAAGUGUGGAAAAUUAGUGACAUGGGAAAUGAAUACAUGUACCGCGCUCAGGGUGACAUAUGUGGUAGCUUAAAAGACGAAAACGCGCCGUGGUUUCCUGUGGUUGCCGCCAUGAACAUAAGUGAAUGCCCCAUACCAGUGAAAAGUUACGCAGUAAAAGAUAUGACCCUCGAUUUGAAGGAAACCAAGGAAAUGUUGACACAUGAUAUGUGCGGUGAUUACAUGGUGAUGAUGAUGUUCACGACGAAGGACAACGACGAUAUGUCUUGUCACGAGAUAGGAGUUUCUAUAAGUGAAUACACUUGCGAUGGAGAUGAAAAAUAA